UCUUGGCCUUCGGUUAAAAACCUGCUUGAAAGAAAGACAAUGCUGUCCAUCUCGGUGACGGCUCUGAUCUGGUUGGUCUCCCUGAGGACCUUGUCCACAGCUUUGGAUCCCACCCUAGAAGGGACAUGGAGAGACUGGAAGGCCACGCACGGUAAAGAAUACGCCCUGCAGGAGGAAGAAUCCUUUCGAAGAGCCGUGUGGGAGGACAAUCUGAAGAUGAUUGACGACCAUAACAAGCAGGCUGACCUGGGGAAAUACACCUACUGGCUUGGCAUGAACCACUUUGGCGAUUUGACCAAUGAAGAGCUUGACAACAGGCUGCAUUACCUGUUCUCUGACUUUGAUAAUGUAACCAAAGGCAACGGAAUCAUGUUCAAAUCCUCAGCCGAUCCAGAUAUUCCUGACCAGGUGGAUUGGAGAAUCAAAGGUGCUGUCACCAAAGUCAAAGAUCAGGGCAACUGUCGCUCCAGCUGGUCCUUCAGCGCCACUGGCGCUCUGGAAGGCAUGCAUUUCAAGAAGACGGGGAAGCUGGUCUCGCUGAGCGAACAAAAUCUGAUCGACUGUUCUAAGCAACAGGGGAAUAAAGGGUGUAAAGGUGGAAUGAUGCACCUAGCUUUUGAAUCUGUGAAGAAGCGUGGAGGGAUCGAUUCAGAGCAAUCCUACCCUUAUGAUGGAGAGGUUGGUUUCUGUCGCUAUAAGCCUAAGGAAUCCGUUACCAGAUGUAACUCAUUUGGAAGGAUCCAGAAGGGGGAUGAAAAAGGUCUUCAGGAGGCUGUGGCCAAGAUUGGUCCAGUUUCGGUUGGAAUAGAUGCUCGGAGUACCAAGUUCCACUUCUAUAAGUCAGGUAUAUUUGGAAGCUACAACAAAGGAUUAAAACAGAUAACUCAUGAUAUGCUGAUUGUUGGUUAUAACGACUCCAAAAAGGACAGCGGCUAUUGGAUCCUAAAGAACAGCUGGUCCAAUGUUUGGGGUGAGAAAGGUUACAUGCGCCUAGCCCAGGGGUAG